GAGAGUGGAGAUUAAUAUCCGAAUGGUGCGAAAGAAUCAAAGUGGAAAAUCUCCAAAAAAAUCUCGAAAAAGUGACCCUGAUGCUUCCCACACUAAUGUGAUGUUCACAACCUAUUCAACAACUUCUGUACAUAAGAGAAAUUUGUGUAUCGUUUCCUUUCCCAUAAUUUUUUUAUUCAACAUUUUGCGAUCUUUGCUUUAUCAGUUUUUUGUCAUUUUGCGAUUUGUUUACAUUAGUUCUUCAACUUAUUUUAUACGUCGUCAAAUAUCUGAUUGUGAGAAUGGUGAGAGGAAUAGUUGCGUGGUAGUAGAAGAAGUUACAGAAAUGGCUCAAGUGAGAACUACAGGACCAGGUCCAGGAGACCCUUUGUUAGCUAAACAAAAGCAUCAUCAUCGGAGGGCUUUUGAAUACAUAUCCAAAGCAUUGAAAAUAGAUGAAGAAAAUGAAGGUCAAAAAGAAUUGGCAAUUGAUUUGUAUAGAAAAGGCAUCACAGAGUUGGAACUGGGAAUUGCAGUUCAGUGCUGGGGAGGACGUGGGGAGGUGUGGGAAAGAGCACAGAGGCUCCAUGAAAAAAUGAAAACAAAUCUGGCCAUGGCUAAAGAUAGAUUGCAGUUCUUAGAAAGCAUGGAUAGAUUGCAUAAUUUGGAGGUAAACGAUACAGGGGAAAUGCCUAAGGUAUCAUUUAGUAGCAAUAUCCCUACACUCAAACAAACUGUUCCCAAACCAGCUUCUGGUAAAAAACUAACUAUAGCCAGUAAACGACCAGCCAAUGCUACACUGUCCAAGAGCCAAACAUUGCCUCGGUCCAUGGGCUCUCGUAGUGCCCCUGUGCAACCUGUGCGUCCAUUCAACAAAGUUUGUUCAACGCCACCGGCUAUUAAAAAGCAGCUCUCUGUACCAGGGAAUGCAGGAUCCCCUGUUAGAAGAACAAAUAGUAACAACAAUAAUGGAGCAGUGGCCGCCAACAGCAAGGCGAACGCGCGAGGCCGUUCGCCCUCCCUUCGAGGCGUCGACCCCAAGCUAGCGCAGGCCAUCCUCGACGAGAUCCUGGAGGGCGGCCACCCCGUCCAAUGGGAGGACAUCGUCGGCCAGGACACGGCCAAGCAGGCGCUGCAAGAGAUGGUCAUCCUGCCGUCGCUGCGGCCGGAGCUGUUCACCGGACUGCGGACGCCGGCGCGGGGACUGCUGCUGUUCGGGCCGCCCGGCAACGGGAAGACGUUGCUGGCGAGGGCUGUGGCGACGGAAUGUCAGGCUACAUUCUUUUCAAUAAGUGCAGCCAGCCUCACAUCUAAAUAUGUCGGGGAUGGAGAAAAAAUGGUGCGAGCCCUAUUCGCAAUGGCACGAGAAUUGCAACCUUCCAUCAUAUUCAUCGAUGAAGUUGAUUCUCUCUUAUCGGAGAGAUCAAAUAAUGAACAUGAAGCUAGUAGGAGACUGAAAACCGAAUUUUUGGUGGAAUUUGAUGGCUUACCCAGUAAUCCGGAGAAUGAAAAAGUUUUAGUAAUGGCAGCAACUAAUAGACCACAGGAACUAGACGAGGCAGCUUUGAGAAGAUUCACAAAAAGAGUGUAUGUAACGCUUCCAGAUCUCGACACUAGAGGGCAGUUGUUGAAAAAGUUGCUGGCCAAACAAUGUUGUACUCUCACCCAGCAAGAGCUGAAGAGGUUGGCGACACUGACCGAAGGGUAUUCAGGAAGUGAUUUGACUGCUCUUGCCAAAGAUGCAGCACUUGGACCAAUAAGAGAGCUUCAGCCAGAACAAGUGAGAGAAAUGGAUCCAAGUGCCGUUCGCAGUAUUACCAUAAACGACUUCUUAGAUUCUUUGAAGCGGAUUCGGCGGAGUGUGUCACCUCAAAGCCUUGUGGCUUAUGAAAAGUGGUCCCUGCAGUAUGGUGAUGUAUCAAUCUAAACUCCACAUUCCAGUUGUUUUUCGAUACAUUUUCGUUGUAUUUCAAUACUCUUUCAUUGUUUUUAUUUAUCUGUGAUAAGCAUUACAUAAUAAUAAAUGUUGUUUUGAUACUAUUUCUGGUAGAAAACGUGAAUCACAUAUUCUAGAAAUAGAUCGUAGAUAUCAACUUAUUGAUGCUAGAAUAGUGUAGUUCAACAUGAGUUUAACUAUUUAUUUAAUGUUGUUUUAAUGGAUGUGUUCAAUUCUGUUAGCAAAUUCGAUUUAGGUUAUUGAUGUUUUAAAAAAUUACUGCAUGAUAGUGAUAUUAAUUGAAAGUUGAUCAAGAAUUGAGACCAUUUUUAUCAUUCAUAUGCCUUGAUUGCAUUGUGAUGUCAAGAAAAUGCAGGACCUUGAUUUGGACCAACUCCAUUUCUGAAUAGAAAAUGCUUUUCUGCUUGAAUGUUUGUAUUUGUUAAACAUAAUUUUUCGAAAUAUAUUGGUUUUUUU